UCAGCGGCGCCCGCCAUGUUCGCGGAGCUGAACGAGCUGCUCGGGGCCUCCCCGGAGCGCCCGGACGCGGGUAAAUUCACUCUGCUGCGAGACACCCAGACAGAUGGCAGCUUCCUGGUGCACCACUUCCUCUCCUUCUACCUCAGAGCUGGCUGCAAGGUUUGCUUUGUGGCCCUGCUGCAGUCCUUCAGCCACUACAGCAUCGUGGCACAGAAGCUGGGAGUCAGUCUGGCAGCUGCCAAGGAGCGGGGACAGCUUGUCUUCCUGGAGGGCCUCAAGUCCUGCCUUGACCUCCUGUUUGGGGAGGAGGAGCAGCCAGGACAGCCCAGUCCUCUGCAGUUUCUGAGCGGGGGCAGCUGUGACCUGCGAGCCCUGUUUGACUUUGUGCGGGUGUCCCUGAGCGCCACCGCCGGCGAUUCCUGGAAGGGCCCCGUGCUGCUGGUGGAUGACCUCAGUGUCCUGCUGAGCCUGGGGGCUGCCCCGGUGGCCGUGCUGGACUUCAUCCACUACUGCCGUGUGUGUGUGUGCUGCCAGCUGAAGGGGAACGUGGUGGUGCUGGUUCACAGCAACGAGGAUUCGGAGGAUGAGGAGAAUGAGCUGGUUGUGAACUCCCUGUGCCAUCACAGCGACCUCAUCCUGUGGGCAGAGGGGCUGGCCACUGGCUUCUGCAAGGAUGUUCACGGGCAGAUCAAGAUAAUCAAGAGAUUGUCCUUGCGGCAGGCGGAGCAGGAUCUGGUCCAGGUCUACCAGUACAAGAUCCAGGACAGGAACGUCACCUUCUUUGCACGGGGGCUGUCGGCUGCAGUGCUGUGACACUGUGACGCUGCAGAGCCUGGAGUGUCAGUCCCUGCCUCUGCAAAGCACCACCAGCACCUCUCAGGAGCAGCACAGUGAACCGACCCACGAGGGAAGCUCAGAACACCUGGAAUGGUGCCAACGUGGGAUCAGCCUGCCUGGGGCCUGCUGCAUCCCUGUGUCCUCCCACCCCGUUCCCAACACGCUCAGGCCAAGAAAGGGAGCAAGAACUUGCAAGAAUGGCCCUUGGAGCAUGUAAAUACAGGCAGGGGGUGCCCUGCAGGCUGGGUGUGCCUUGCCUCACCUCUUCCGGUGUGUUGGGCCCGGCAGGCGGUGCCAGG